AUGGUACUAGGCAGUGAAAAGAAAUUGAAGCCAGUGAUUUCAGAAACCAGAAGAGGUUCUUCUGCAUCGGGGUCAGAGUGUGAUAAUAUUCCAAGCGUCGGCGUUACUAAGUGGGAUAGAUUUGUCGAUAGUUUCAGAAGGCAACACGUACAGCACGGGGACGAAGGGAAGAGUUUACAGAAGGGUAUUAGUUCAAGACAUUUAAUCCUUAUGGCCCUUGUGACCGGGAUGGGUACGGGGCUUUUCGUUGGUACAGGAAAUAUUCUAAGUACAGCAGGUCCAUUAUUUUUGAUUGUUGGUUAUAUUAUAGUUGGAUCAUUCUUGUAUCCAACUUUGCAAGCUGCCGGGGAGUUGGCAGUUAACUAUAGUGAGCUUUCAGGUGGAUAUAACAACUAUCCCCUGAAAUUCAUUGAUGAAUCAGUUGCAUUUGCAGUAACUUGGAUUUACUGUAUCGAGUGGUUAUCGACGUUCGCAUUAGAACUAGUCACUGCCUCCAUAACCAUCAGAUAUUGGGAUGGUGAUCAGAAAAUUAAUCCAGAUGUUUGGGUCACUAUCAUAUUCGUGAUAGUAGUUCUGCUUCAUUUUGUCGGCUCCAAAGCUUACGGUGAAGGAGAAUUUGUUAUUGGAUGCCUUAAAGUUCUUAUGGUCACUGGAUUUCUUAUUAUGUCCAUUGUUGUUAAUGUUGGUGGCGGUCCUGAAGGAAAAUUUAUUGGGGGACAAUACUGGCAUGAUCCUGGAUAUUAUACUAACUUCAAAGGUUUAUGUACGGUAUUUGUCACUGGUGCGUUUGCUUUCAGUCAAUCUGAAUUCGUUGCAUUAUCGGCGGCUGAACAACCAAACCCCAGAAGGGCCAUUCCUACUGCGUGUAAAUUGGUAUUCUGGAGAAUAUUGAUAUUAUUUUUGGGUUCUUUGAUUAUGGUCGGUCUUUUGGUUCCAAUGAAUUCCCCUGAAUUGAUGGGUGCAUCUGGUGGUGGUUCAAAUGCUUCUCCAUUUGUUCUUGCUGCAACUUUACAUGGGGUUACCGUAGUACCACAUAUAAUCAAUGCUGUUAUCUUGCUUUCUGUUUGCUCCGUUGCUUCAUCAUCAUUAUAUGCAUCAUCUAGAACUUUGCAAUCGUUAGCUGAUCAAGGAUACGCACCAAAAUAUUUCAAUUAUAUUGACAGAUCAGGUAGACCCUUGCGCUCAUUAAUUGCGUGUUCUAUUGUUGGAUUAUUUUCUUAUAUUGCAGCCUAUGAAAAACAAGAAACAGUCUUUAAUUGGUUGUUAUCCAUCUCUGGAUUGGCGCAACUUUUUACAUGGGAUGUUAUUUGCAUUUCGCAUAUUAGAUUUAGACAAGCACUUAAAUACAAUGGGAUUUCAACAGACUCCUUAGGAUAUACUUCUUCAACUGGUAUCUGGGGUUCGGUAUAUGCCAUUGUAAUACACUGGUUGAUUUUAAUUGCUCUGUUUUAUACUGCCUUGUUUCCGGUUGGAUCUAGUACUCCAGAUGCACAAAGCUUCUUUCAAAACUAUCUCGGCGCAAUCGUCUUAGUAUUCUUUUAUGUUUGUCAUAAACUUUGGUCGAGAAAUUGGAAGUUCUAUGUCAAUAUAUGUGAUAUUGACAUUAAUACUGAUAGAACUAUAUUUGAUGAAGAAAUAUUGAACUUAGAAAAACAAGAAUUUCAAGAGAAAUAUAAUAAUGAUCCUUGGUAUAAGAAACUUACGACUAUACUCCUUUAA